ACUCGGACGUUAGCGUCCCGAAAGAGCGGAAGCCGUGGUAAUUGUUUGGAAGUUGUUCUCGAGCUGCUUUUGACUCUCCCGCCAUCUGUUAACUCCAACCCCCCGCGCUUCUCCGUACAAUUUUGUUUAACCCUUCGUUUAAGGGAGGAAGGCCCUGAGGUGAGGUCGCUCCCCGGCGCCUGGCGGGCCACAGUUUAAGAAAGCUGAGCGUUUCUCCCUGCGGCGCUGCCAGGCGUGGGCCCCGCCGCUUUCCGUCCUUCCUCUUUAAAAGGGGUCCGCUGGGGUCAGCAUGUCUACCCCGCCCUUAGCCGGGGCCGGGAUGCCUCCCGGAGCCUUUACGGGUCCCCAGGCCCAGGCUGCCCGCGAGGUGAACACUGCGUCCCUCUGCCGGAUUGGCCAGGAAACCGUGCAGGACAUCGUGUAUCGCACCAUGGAGAUCUUCCAGCUGCUCAGGAACAUGCAGUUACCAAAUGGUGUCACUUAUCACACUGCAACAUAUCAGGACAGGUUAGGCAAACUUCAAGAUCAUCUCCGUCAACUCUCCAUCCUCUUCCGGAAACUAAGAUUAGUUUAUGAUAAAUGCAAUGAAAACUGUGCAGGAUUGGAUCCUAUCCCAAUAGAGCAACUUAUUCCUUAUGUGGAAGAAGAUGGCUCAAAGAAUGAUGACCGUGGUGCUUCUGGCCAACUUCGUUUUGCUAGUGAAGAAAGAACAGAAAUAGCAGAAGUAAAUAAAAAACUCAAACAGAAGAAUCAACAGCUGAAACAAAUUAUGGACCAAUUACGGAAUCUCAUCUGGGACAUAAAUGCCAUGUUGGCAAUGAGGAACUGAACUGAUUCUUAAAUUUGUAUGAUUUACAUAUUUAUGACUUCCAUAACUAUUUUGUUCUCUUUGGUUUAAAUUUCUUUUUUUUAAACUGUAGCUUAUUUACAACUUCAUCCCACUAUUGCAAAAAUUAAUUUAAAUUAUUAUAUUAUCUCAAAUAUUUGCUUUCUAGGUAAGAAACCACUGUAACAUCUCUCUAUUAAGUAAAAAAAAAACUUACUGACAGCUCUUAACUUUUGUUAGUUUUCUGAUUCAGCAAUUACGUGAAAAGAUCUGAAUCCAUUUUUAUCAUUAAAUUUGUUUUUCUUGGUUUUGUCAUUUUAUAUUGCAAAGAUGAAUUUGCUAAACAUUUGUUAAUAUUCUGUAUUCAAAUAACUUAAAAUGUUAAUCCCUUAUUUCUAAAUUGAAAAAAAAAUUAAGCCAUA